AUGCCUCAGGUUUGUGGGAUCGCGUCAAACAUUUUUGGAUCUUGGGUCGGGGAAAGCACGUGGCUGAAUCACAUCAUCGUCAAUCAUAUCAACGCUUCCGUCUUUGAACUCACGGGAUAUGAGCUGGAUGGAGACAGCAUAGAGGACAUUGGAUACGUUCAGUGGGCCACCGGGGCGGUUUCUUUUGCCCUUUUAGGACUGCAAACAUUGGGCACCAUCACCCACGAUGGAAUAUGGAGGUUUAUGGAGGAGAGUCGCCACAACUUGGGGCCUGAGCUGUCGACGCAGGUGGCUCUCGCAGGCUACUCCAACAUGGGAAACGCCACAAUUGAGUAUGGAAAGGCGCUGCUGGAUUUGCUGGCAGAGGAUAGUGACGAAGCCGACGAAUUUCGGCGCUUCAUUGUGCGGCAGAGCACAACGUGGGAAGGUCCAUCUAGUACUUCGGGCUCUUUCGACCCAGGAGAUGUGCUCUUUAUCCAAGAAAACCCCUACGGCGAUUUUUCAUCGGCUGCGUGGGAGGGCACGGCCCUCAGCAGUGAAGUUACCGGCUUGCAAUCCUGGCUCGACACGUCCUUUAUGAGCUCGCCAGAGCAGUGCUACGUGCUCGAAGGCUUCUAUGAGAGCUGCCUAGCUAAGGUUCUGAAAAAGGAUCACCUGCUCUGUGAUGAUGCCGAUAAUUGCGACUACACCAAGGGGGGGUAUUUCACUACUCAGCGUGCGAGGGACAUAAUCUUUGAAGGGUACACGGACUCCCUCACCGUCAAGCUCAUGAACAAAAGGCUGUCGGGGAGGAACUUGACUAUCAAGUGUUCCGUGCCAAGCGUGGUUCUAUGGGACAUGUACUGCCACCCGCUAUUCGAUGGUGACUGCACCAACACUGGGUUCGAGGUGGUGCACGACACGUACGGCACGGUUGAAACGGGCAGCGACGACCCACAGAGGAUCGGGAGAACAAACCUCUACUAUGGAAACGAUUCACUGCUCGCUGCCGUUGGGUUAGACUCGUCGCUGGAGGUGUACGGAACAGAUGGCACUCAAGAUACACCGCGAAAAUGGGAAGGGUUUGGCGAAUACAAACUAGUUUACAGACUACGGAACGAAGGCCUCGACUAUCUUGGGAACGACACAGUGGUUGUGCUUCAAGGCGAGCACCUCCUCCAGUUUCACAUGGCAAGGGACAGUACCGAUGCGGUCCUCCAGUACCCGACACGCUACCUUGCGGAGGACAACUUCACACUGGAAACUGAUAUUCGUCUCAACCGCUACAUCGCGCAAACACAAGACUGGCUGGAUGCUCGUGAGAGGGUUGGGGAGGACCAGUUGACAGACUUCAAUGGCAUGCCCUACUCAGUACCAAUGGGCAUGGUCAGCACUCAGGUGCGAAUGCCGGUUGGUCGAAAUCAAACAAUGAGCCCGUGGCAAUCGUAGUCUACAUCUUGUUCGCGGACCGCUCAUCAACGCGAUUCAUGAUGCUCCAGCGCAGUAUGAUCCACCUAUACUGCGUCUGCCUCUAUUUCAGGUGAAUGUUAUUGUUGUUGGCACUCAACGUCCACACCGCGCAACACGCUUUCAAUUGAUCGCGUAUGGAGCCCCAACGCUUUACGUAUUAUUACUACAGUAUUUCCACCCUGACCCUCACCUUGAUUUUGGCUACCAGCUUGAAACGACUGCAAGGCACUCUGUGGUGUAUCAAAGCGACGCGAAGGGCACGCUGUGCACAAUACUCACACGUAGGAACGCUUUAUUGUAGCAACCAAACCUAUUGCAGCAACCGGACGUACUGCGAUUCAUUACACCGUCACACCUGACUCGCUCGUCGUAUUUGUGUGUGUGUGUGUUUGUCAUUAGCAUCGACCGCGCACACCAACGAAAAGAUGUCAGUCUUAGUGCGACUGAAAACAGAAAAUGCUUCGAACGGCCAUGUUUUGGGGCCCCAUGAGGGGGUGUCAUAGGGGAGGCUACCCUCGGGGUUAAAGACAGAAACGAUGGCAGCAAGUGUGUGUGCUUGUAUUUUCUAUUCGGUCGGAGCAUGAGCAGUGGUGUCAAUUCCCGUUGUCCUGCUCCCAUCAUCCAGACCCCCUUAUGUCUUUCUUGCCCCCUCGUCACACUUAUCUCAGCUUCUCUUUCGUAUCGAACGAAGCUCCUUUAGCCCAGAUCUACUUUCUAGUGAGUCGAGUUCUACCGUGUGCCGGUCCCCGACCAAGGACAUCAUGGUCGACGGCGCGGGAUGCUUCAUGUAUGUCCCAAUCCUGUGGUACGAUGAUCAGCGCGUUAUGGAUGAGAAAUCUGCCGUAACUCUCCACCAAGAGUUCUUGAUGUUCGCAGAUUUUGCACUAGAGACUGCGUGGAAAGGCUUAAUUGCAUCCGCGACGUUGGCCGUGUUUGGGUCGAUCUUGUGGAUAAUUUUUGUCGUCUUGAAGGCCAGGCACGAUAGACGAGUGUGGGUCGAUUGAUAGGCAAGCAGACAGACAGGUGGACACCUUCGGGUGCCAUGGACGUGGGCUUUCGUCCCAAUUAUUCU